AAGUUGAGCCCUGCCUUUCUCUUUUCCCCCAUCUCUGCUGGUUAACCAGUCGAGUGUCUACUCUACUAGUCGUCUAUUACCAACACUUUAAGCUCCGCAUCCUUGCGUUGAGCCCUCUAUAACCUAUGCCUGACCCAUCCCCUUCUUCGAUGCCGCAGCCUCCAUUCGAUGCACACGGUCACGAUACACACUGUAAGAAUGCCAAUGCACUCCAUCGCGAAGCGCUUUUGCAGGCUCUGGGAUCCAUCAUCUCUCCGGUGCGUGUUGCUGAACAUGUCGCACAUUCUCUCUACUUCUCGCAUCAUACACCUUGCAGAGUUUCCCGAAUCUUUCCCCCUGCUCGUGCACGCUCAGCCCUGACUGACUGAAAAUGUACAGAAACGCCCCACCCUGAUGUCCG